AAUAUAUCAGUCUUGUGAUCCAAGUGUUGAGGGAGGUGCAAAUUUACGACAGCAGGACCUUAAUUCUCUGCGACUCGAGUAUUAAAUAAAUUAUACAGGAUUUAAGGAACAACAACAAAAAUGGUUGAUCGUGUGAACAUUAAAGAGAUGAUACCGGCUUUACCGGAUGAAAAAAUUGAUAUGCUAGCAGCCACGAGCAUUCUUCAACAACAAGCUGCUGAUAUUAGGAAUCAACAAAUCAAGUGGCAAUCGUAUCAACAGUCUCAUAUGAUAUCAAAAGAAGAUUAUGAUUUUAUAGUGGCUUUUGAUACAAAUGAUGCUAGUGUUCGGGAUGCAAAACUUAAAGAAAAUCCACAUCAAGCUGCUAAAACUUUUCUCAACUUACUUGGUCAUAUUUCAAAAGACCAAACUAUACAAUACAUCCUUACAAUGAUUGAUGAUAUGCUUCAGGAAGAUCGAAGUCGUGUAGAAAUCUUCAGAGAACAUUCAAGUCGCAAACGUGAAUCAGUAUGGGGCCCUUUCUUGAACUUAUUAAAUAGACAAGAUGGAUUUAUAAUGAAUAUGACCUCUCGAAUUAUUGCCAAACUUGCUUGCUGGAGUCACGAUCUAAUGGAAAAGACAGAUCUUCAAUUCUACUUGACAUGGUUAAAGGAUCAAUUAAAACUCAGUCUUGAGGUUCCUCAGGAUACAGAUUUACAUACAAGAGUAGAACAAGGCAACACUAUAGACAAAGAAGCAAAUGAGCUACAUGAACUACAAAGUCUGAAUAAUGAAUACAUUCAGUCCGUGGCACGUUGUUUACAAAUGAUGCUUCGCAUAGAUGAGUAUCGUUUCGCAUUCGUGUCAGUUGAUGGAAUUUCUACUUUACUGAGUGUUCUGACAGGCAGAGUAAAUUUCCAAGUACAAUAUCAACUGAUAUUCUGUAUAUGGGUACUCACUUUUAAUCCUUUACUUGCAGAGAAAAUGAAUAAGUUUAGUGUCAUUCCUAUAUUGGCGGACAUUUUAAGUGAUUCUGUUAAGGAGAAAGUAACUCGCAUUAUUUUAGCAGUAUUUAGGAACCUCAUUGAGAAAGUAGAGGAUGGACAAGUUGCUAAAGAACAUUGCAUCGCGAUGGUACAGUGCAAGGUACUGAAACAACUUUCGAUCCUUGGACAACGUAAAUUUGACGACGAAGAUAUCACCGAUGAUAUUGAAUUCUUGAACGAUAAAUUACAAGCAUCUGUUCAAGACCUAAGUUCGUUUGACGAAUAUUCGACCGAAGUGAAAUCGGGACGUCUUGAAUGGUCUCCCGUUCACAAAUCUGGCAAAUUCUGGCGAGAAAAUGCUAAUCGACUAAAUGAAAAGAAUUACGAGUUACUGCGUAUUCUGGUACAUCUGUUAGAAACUAGUAAAGAUCCCUUAGUUCUCAGCGUAGCUAGCUUCGAUGUAGGAGAAUACGUAAGACAUUAUCCACGUGGUAAACAUAUAAUAGAGCAACUUGGAGGUAAACAGCGAGUAAUGCAACUUUUAGGACAUGAAGAUCCUAAUGUAAGAUAUGAAGCUCUUCUUGCAGUCCAGAAACUCAUGGUACACAAUUGGGAAUAUUUAGGAAAGCAACUGGAGAAAGAACAAACUGGAUCAAAUGCACCAGGAGCAAAACCUGGAGCACAAAUCCCAACGAAAGCAUAAACAAGUAUAUAAGCUGUGUAAGUUUCGAUUCAAAUCUGUAUACUUUGCCUUUGCUUUCAUAUUAUUUACUUAAAUACUUGCUUGUCCAACUGCUUGUACACUGCGUAUAAAAAUCGAUAUGAGAAAAACAUUCUUAGUAUUGGAAUCAUAUUAUAAAAAUUACUUUGCAUUCUAAUGUAGUUAUCUGUAGAUAGCAAGAGAACAAUAUAUAUUCCAAUAAACAUAUGAUUCGUCAUGUUGUAAAAUCCAAUAAAUCAAGAAAUGUACAUAACUGUUAUAAAAUAUUGAAUAACGGGAUAAAGAUAUUUCUAGAAUAAUAUUUAUGGAAUUUGUAAGUAAAAUGUUUAUGAAAUGUUAAGAAAAAUAAACUAUUAUCACUAAAAGGAAAUAGAAAAGUA